AUGAAGGUCCUCCAGUGCUUAUUAGCAGGUUCGGCUGUUGCUCAGAAGAGUGCCUCUUACGAUGGCGAAAUCGUCAUCGAGGCAGUCAUCGAAAGCAAGGAGCAUUUCGACACAUUGGUUGAUAUCAACAACAAACACUUUCUCGACUUUUGGUAUCCAGACUCGCUCGCUAGAAUCAAGCUCAAUGAUAGCUUCCAAGCACGUGUCACCAAAGAAGACAAACACGAUGUUCUUAGAGAGAUCCACAUGUCCGGAAUGAACUACAGAAUUAUGCACUCGAAUCUCGACCAAAUGAUUGCUGAUUCGGCCGCAGAGAGUUCCAAAGUACAACAUUCGCAAGCAAUUAACCGAUUCGAAGACUCACACCUCCAGUAUGAUUACUUCAAAUAUCACAACAUGGAGGAUAUCUACGAAUGGAGCGACCAAAUCGCCCAGUUGGACGGUGUCGAGAAGAAGGUGAUCGGCAAGUCGUGGGAGGAUCGCGAUCUCUUUGUCCUGGUCAUUGACGACGUCAGUGGCAUGAAGAACCCGCACAAGGUCUUUGUCGAUUGUGGCAUUCACGCGCGCGAGUGGGUCAGCCACGCAUUCUGCCAGUAUUUGGUCGGGCAGCUCGUGGACGACACUUCCUCCAAAUUCGGCUUCAUGCGAAAUGGCGUCGAGUGGCACAUCAUGCCCGUGGUCAAUCCGGACGGAUACGAAUUCACGCACACCCACGAUCGAUUCUGGAGAAAGAACAGAAACCCCAAUACGGAUGCAAAGACGCGCGCAAGUCAGAUUGAGUCGGGCGCGUACAUGUCCGGCUGCGGCGAGUACCGUGGAAUCGGGGUUGAUUUGAACAGAAACUACGAUGCGAUGUGGCGUCUGGGUGACCCGAUGGUUGGCGCAUCGAAAUGGUGCACAGACGAUUCUUAUCAAGGAGCAUCCGCGUUUUCAGAGCCAGAGACACGGGCGCAUUCAGAAUACAUCCUCUCUGUCAAGCCAGAAGCGUACUUGACCAUGCACUCGUACGCUGAGGUCAUUCUCUUUCCGUACACGUACGCCAUCGACGCACCUCGACCACACAACUACCUAGGCACGGUCUAG